UUCUGUCCGACUGAUUUUACUAGAAACCCAGUCUGGAUGAGGUUUUUACACAGAGGGUGGCAGCAAUGCGCUCAUUUAGUUAGAAAUAGCCGCUAAAUGCCAUCUACAGCAACGGAGCCGCAUCCCAGCCCAGAAGGUGGCGGUAAAACAUUUGAAAGCUAUUUGUCAACCACUAAUAGACACAAGACGAAGAAAGGCAGCGUCGGGUCGCGUUUGAGAUAUGGCUGGAAGACAGGGAGCUGAUGAUCUGUUCGACAGUAUUUUAUUCGCGGAUGAAAGGUUCCGUGGUGAGGGUUACCAGGAGGGGUUUGAGAAGGGGACCAGCAGGGGUCUGCAGAACGGUCGUAGGCAUGGUGCAUCCCACGGAGCCAGACUGGCAUCUGAGAUCUCCUUUUAUUAUGGUUUUGCUGUCACUUGGAAAUGUCUUCUGGAGCGUAACGCCGAUGACAGAUCGAGAAAGCGUCUGAGAGCACUAGAAGCUCUGCUGAAUUUGACCCAAAAGACUCCCCUGGAUGAUCCACAGGCUGUGAAGCUCCAGGAGGACACGGAGAAGCUAAGAUCCAAGUUUAGACAGGUCUGUUCGAUGCUAAAUGUCCCCACUGACUUCAAGGACUACAUCAAAACAGCUGAAGGGACGUCUUUCUGAGUGUGAAGGGGUAUAGCACUGCAGCAAUGGUGCUUGUAUCUCAAACAGAAGGAACGAUGCGAGGCUGAGCUGCUCUCAGCUGCACAUGGAGCAGAGACGAGUCGGUCUGCAGAAAUUUCAGUGUAGCUUAUACUGGCCCUAUCCAGAUUCUAGACUCCCAAGAACUGGGGAAAAAAAUGGGUUUAUGUAUAACUGGUAAGGGUCGAUGUGAAUGCAGUGAUACCUGUUUUUUUACUCUGCCUGAUGGAGAAACUGCUACUUUCAUCAAAGGGGGCUAGAUCAGGUAGCUGAUGUAGCGUCUCUGAGUUAGAAGAUGGUCACGAAGGAUGAGUUGAGCUUUAAUAACCCGUCACUCUAUGGAGUAAAGCAACUCUGAGAAAUAGCUUAUUCAGUUUCUGAAUAAUUUGUACUUAUUGGAUAGUUUCUGUUACUAAUGGGUGUUUUGAAUAACUAUUAAAGUGCCAAAGACAAUAAUUAACAGUUAGCAAUUUUAAUCAAAAAUAUCAAAUCGAGGCACCACCUGAUUGUCAGGAAUUAACAGUCAAACAUCUCAGUCUGUCAGUUAUUGGUUUGUAAAAAGCUGCCUGGUGAGGUGUGGCGUUAUAGAAAAAUAGCUGGAGUGAAUUUGUUCUCAAACGGCAAGCCCUGCACACAUCUAGAGAAUAUGCACAAAUGGAAAUGAUAUAAUAAAAUUGAAAUAAUAGACUAGAAAUAUGACAAGCAGCUUGUUUUGGUAGAGGCUGCCUGCUUAUUUCACAGAAAUCAGGCUGUACUUAGCAGGUCUAGGAAAUGUUUGUCCAUUUGGCAGUUAACAGUCAGUACAGCUCCUUAUGUCGGCACACAGGGAAUAGAUACAUUUUUGGUUGCUACAAAGGCUUUGUAGCAUGGACAAAAGGCUUUGUCCAUGUAAGGCCUUCUUUGGGAGAGUCCUAGAGAAAGAGGUUAGUCCAACAAUUUUUCAUAUUUUUUUUUUAUGACUAAGUCACAACUAGAGGAUUAGAAAACACGGAUAAAACGGAGUAAACUAAUGUUACCAGACUCGGUGUUUAAACCAGUCAUUGAAAUUAAGUUUGUCACAACUUAAGGAGCACGACUCAAAACGGGUUUUGUAGGAUUGAGCCUCAAUAGCAUCUUAGCUCUCAUUCCUUUAAGCACCACAAAGUAAAACAGGGUGAAAUAAGCAAUAUUUAAAUAGUUUGAUCCUUGACACAUUUUUUCUGCCCAUACCAAUUAGUUUACUCUCAUUCUGAUGAACAAUGGAGGGUGUUUGGCCAGUGAUUUGUGUGGCAUGUCCAAUGCAAAGCAAGAAUGUGCUGGUCACUCUGGCAUGUGGGGCAAGUGUCUGAUCGGACUGGGCGCAUGCAAGCCUAUCAGCAAAUCCACAAAUAAAUGUUCUCAGGUUAACAAUACAUCAUGUUAUUGUUUGAACAAAACCCAAUAAACUGUUCUUUGUGUGUG